AUGCGAUUAUCUCUGCUUGCCUUCAGACAGCUUACGCGGAACCGAACAGUGUCUGUUCCGCGGGGGUUUGUCACUUCCACAAGAUGGCUGCAUCCCGGAGAUUCGCAGAUGACAAACCUUUUGUAUAAAGCUACUGAGUUCAAUGCGAUUGAUCCCGAACAGUCGAAUGAUCAAGGUGGAUCCUUUGUAGAGGUCCACAAAUUGAAACAUUCAUCCCCCGACAACCAGCUCGAUUCCACAACCCAUUUGGAGUUUGUGAGGCCGGCUCAAGCAUGGCUUCAUGGAGACAGCAUUAAGCUAUAUUCCCCGACGCGUGGCUCGCUAAAGCGAUCCUACUUCUACCUACGUGACCUGUGCCAGUGCCCUCAAUGUAAAGAUCCACACUCGAAGCAACGCUCUUUCCGCACCAGUGACAUUCCCGAUAACAUUCAGGCACGGUCGGUGCGAUGGGAUGGCGGGGAUCUCGAGAUUCAAUGGAGAAACGAUAUCCCUGGAUACGAUGCAGAGCAUACAUCUCGAUGGAACAUUAACUUUCUGAAACGCCCUGCGACACUCACACACGACCAUCAAUCGCCCAACAUGAAGCCUAUGCACUGGUCCGGCCGGUCAAUGGACCACCUGCAGCACUGGGUUCCAUACAACGAUUACAUGCAUGAUGAUGCCACUUUCACCGCAGCAAUGCGAAACCUUUCUCGCCUUGGCCUAAUUUUCGUCAAGGACGUUCCCGAUUCUCGCGAGAUGGUGGAGCAGAUUGCCACACGUAUGGGGCCACUCCGAAAUACAUUUUACGGCGCAACUUGGGAUGUGCGUACUGUGCCGCAAGCCAAAAAUGUUGCCUAUACAAACCAGCAUUUGGGCUUUCAUAUGGACUUAAUGUAUAUGAAUGAGCCCCCGGGCUAUCAACUGCUUCACUGUCUACAAAACUCGUGUGAGGGCGGCGAAUCGCUCUUUGCCGACACAUUCCGCGCGGCGGAUAUCAUGAAGAAGCAAUACCCUGACGAGUUCAGGAUGCUCGCACAACGACACUUCAGCUUUGAGUAUGCGCACAAAGAGCACAAGUAUCAUAACACCCGGCCGCUAUUCGAUCUGGACGCAAAGACCAAAAAGAUACGCUAUGUUAACUACUCCCCGCCUUUCCAGGGCCCUCUUCCGCAUUACGGAACUAAAGACACUGAAGGAGCUGUUGGCCCCCGCUCCUUGAAGUUGAACCCAGGCGAGUGUGUGAUUUUCAAUAAUCGCAGGGUCGUCCAUGCUCGCAAUAAAUUCAAUACCUUGGAAGGGUCGCGUUGGUUGGCCGGUGCCUAUGUGGAUGAAGACGCACUUUUGUCGAAGUAUGCAGUGAGCUCGAAAGCUCACUGGCUUACCUGGAAGGCGUCCGAUCCUUACAAGUUCCAUCAUCAGAAAAAGAAGGACUUUGCUGCAACCGGGUCGAAUAGCACCGCAGCAAGAUUGACUGACGAGAACGCCCCACUGGGCUUCGCGGCUGACGACUAUGCUGGAGCCUCUCGAUGA